AUGGGGCUGGCAGAGAGACACGGGGCCAUUGUGAAGUUGAUGAUGAUGCGAAUGGUGACGGCCAUGAGCUUGGUGGGGAUGGUUCCUAUGAGGCAGGCUUGCUUGGCCGCUUUUGCGGCGAAGAACAGGACGAUCAACAAGGGUGGAGUGUCGCCCAUGCAAGCCGUGACGGGCCGGAGCACCACCAUCCCCGGUUCCUUGAUGCAGCAGAUAAGCACGGGCCAGAUGCGGUACCAGUACAACCAGGCGAUGGAGACCAACGAGGCUCUGCAGCGAGCAGAUCGGAUACGACAUGGGGCCAUUGAGGCCUUUCACUGGCUGGAUGCUCACACGGCGCUGCGGAAGGCCCUGACUUCGCGAUCCCGGCCACCCACCUUGGAAGGCAUCCGAGAAGGGGCGGUGGUGUAUGUUUAUGAUCCGCCCGUGAGCCGUCGGGGGCAAGCCCGUCGAUUGCAGGAUCACUCUUCCUGGAGUGGUCCCGGGGUGAUUGUCUGCGUGGAGAGGGACACGCCAGUUCCUCAACGGGUCUGGGUGAGGCUGCGGGGCAGGGUCAAGGCGUUCCCCCUGGAGAAGAUCCGGCUGGCAACUUUGGACGAGGUCGCAAGCGCCCAGUUUGUCAACGAGGCGCUGAAGGAGGUGGAGACUGAGUUGCAGGGUGGCCAGAUGCUUGUCGAUGCCGGGGACGAACCGCCGAAAGAUGCAGCACCCCCUCGUCAAGGCAAGCCGACCGGAGCCGGAGAUUCCUCUUCCUCUUCGGAUACGUCGGAUACGGAUGGUGGGGAAGCGGCACGGCCCUCGGCGGAUCCGCAGGCGGAGGAGCAAGAGCGCCGGGCCAAGCUUUUAGACGAUGUCCCGAUGGCCAUGCGAAACUGGGCGGAUCGCCGAAAGUCCGAGCAGGCGGCGCUGGACGACCCGCAUGCAUGGGACUUCGCCAAGAAGCAGAAGGUCUUCGAGAAGCUGGCUCAGAGUCUGGAGCCUCCGAGUGUCCUGGAAGAGGCGCAAAUCAGGGACCACCUGACCAGCAUCUACAGCAAGUUCAAGGAAGUGAAGAAGGCCUUGAAGCCCAAGCCAGGGGGCCGCACACGUGGCGGCGGCAAGGCGGGCACUCGUGCAGAAGCUGGCCGACAUGCCAGCGGCGUGAUGCUGGUGGAAGAUGACGUGGAUGUGGGCCGAUGGCUGCGCCCAGGCGAGUAUGAGGCACUGCUGAGUGACACACUGGGUCACUGGACACUGUGGAGUGCCCCGUCCAAGAGUGCCGGCGUCGCUGGUCUGCAGGAAGUCUCGGUUCGUAUGCAGCACGAGGAGGAGGGGGCCUUGGAAGAAGGUGUCACCGAGGUGAAGACUGGGAAGGCUCGGAUCGAGUACCGGUGGAAGGACCUCGAUGACAGUUGGAAGGCCGCUUUUGUGCCGGCACUCAAGAAGGCGGUGGGCGUGUACCUGGAGCACAACGGGAUCCGUGGCGUUCCGACCGGCAAGGUGCUCGACCCAAAACGGGUGUUGUCGUCGCGCUUUGUACUCACCAACAAGGGUGAGGAGGAGCUCUCGGCGGCGGAGCUCAAGGCGAGAUGGAUCUUCGGUGGACACAAGGAUCCGGAUGCCGGCCUCUAUGCUACGAGCGCGCCGACGGCGAGUACCUUGGCGCACAACCUCCUGAACUUCGUGGCGGUGCAGUUGGGCUGGACCGUGCACUACGAGGAUGUCUCCUCGGCCUUUCUCCAAGGGAAGGAUCUUCCAAGGGCUGAGAAGGUGUUUGUUCGAGUUCCCCAUGGCUAUCCUCAAGAGGUGUUGGACUACUUGGUGGAAGGCCUGGGCGGGGGUGAUCUACGUGAUGAUGUGGUGGAAUUGACGAAGGCCGGCUUCGGCCUCCCUGAGAGCCCACGGCUGUGGUACUUGGAGUACAAGGACACCAUCGAGGACAUUGGCCUGGGCGAGCUCACUUUGGUGCCAGGACUGUUUCGGGCCUUCCACGCGGAUGGCAGUUUGAGGGCAAUGGCCUCUAUACAUGUGGACGACACGCGCUACGCGGGAGACUCCACCAGCGCAGUGCUUUGGGACCUCCUACACCAACGGCUCAAGUUUGGCAAGAUGCGGAAAGCCACGGAUGGAUGGCAGAAAUUCUGUGGCCGUUGGGAACGACAAGAUGGGGAUGGUCAUGGGAUGCAGAUUAGCAUGCAAGAGUAUAUCAAAACCAUCCCGAUGGUGAAGGGCCGUCCGCCUGUCUUCGACGUCAACUUCACGGGGGUCUUCAACUUCGGGUUCAGAGCCGACUUCUACGUCAACUUCUGGGGGGGGUCAGACAAAGGGGUCAUUGAAUAUCUCCACGAGAAAGUCACGGGUGCCGAUGAGGAGUCUGAACUGACAGCCGAAGAGAGGCGACUCAUCGGGUCCAUCGUGGGACAGCUGAACUGGGCUGCACGUCAAGGGCGAUACGACUUGGCCUUUGCUGCAUCCUUGGUGCAACAGCUGGCAGGCCAAGGCAAGGCCGAGGCUUUGCGCUGGGUGAACUCUACAGUUCGCCGAGCCCGCGAAGAUGUGGUGCAGGUCAUCCGCAAGUUUGACUGCGACUUGUCCGAGCUCUUGGUGAUCUCAGUUAGUGACGCAGCCUACGGUGCGAUGCCCAACGGCGGAAGUCAGGGAGGCACCAUGGUGAUGCUGGCGGACCCGCGGGUGCUCGUUGGCGAGGGGCCCGUUUGCAUCGUGGAGGCAGCCAGCACGAAGAUACAGCGAGUGGUGCGGUGCUCUAUGUCGGCGGAAGUGAGCUCCUUGGCAACCGCCUUCGAACAUGGCGACUAUGUGCGAGCAGUGCUGGCUGAGUUGCUGGAUGCCAACUUCAAGAUAGACCGGUGGAAGCUGUCAGCCUCCAAGUGGAGGCACCUCCUGGUGACAGAUGCCAAGACUGGCUACGACGCUAUCUCUUCGGAGGUGCUGCCGUCUGACCGGAAGAUAGCCAUCGAUGUCGGGGUCCUCCGUCAAGGGCUGCUGGAGCCGGAUGCCACGAACUUCAUUCGAUGGGUGCCGGGUUCAGAAAUGCCAGGAGAUGGCUUGACAAAGUGGUCUCACAACCAAGUUCUUACUCGGGUGAUGCAAGAGGGCUCCUGGUCGCUCGUGGACACCGAGGUGGCACAGGCUCUGCGGCGCGCUGCUGCAGCUAAACGGUCAGCUUGGCGUAGCAAGGCAAAAGCCCUGAAAGCUGGCUUGCCUUGA